AUGUACUUCUUCCUCUCCAUCCUCUCCUUCGUAGACAUCUGUCUCACCUCCACCACCGUCCCAAAGCUGCUGGUGAACAUCCAGACACAGAGCAAGGUCAUCACCCAUGCAGGCUGCAUCACCCAGGUGUUCUUUUUCCAUUUCUUUAUAGUGUUGGAUGACUUCCUCCUGACAGUGAUGGCCUUUGACCGGUAUGUGGCCAUCUGUCACCCCCUGCACUACUCUAUCAUCAUGAACCUCUGGCUCUGUGGACAACUGGUUCUGGCAUCCUGGAUUAUAGGUGCCCUGUAUGCAUUAUUACAGAGCCUAAUGGCAUUGCAACUGUCCUUCUGUAUACGUGUGGAAAUCCCUCACUUCUACUGUGAUCUUAGUAAGCUGGUCCAUCUUGCCUGCUCUGACACCUUUAUUAAUGACAUGGUGAUGGAUUUUACAUCUGUGCUGCUGGGUGGUGGUCCUCUUUCUGGGAUUCUUUAUUCUUACUCUAAGAUAGUUUCCUCCAUUCGUGCAAUCUCAUCAGCUCAGGGCAAGCACAAAGCAUUUUCCACCUGUGCCUCUCACCUCUCAGUUGUCUCCUUAUUUUAUUGCACAGGCCUGGGUGUGUACCUUAGCUCUGCUGCUACCCACAGCUCAUACUCAAGUGCAAGAGCUUCAGUGAUGUACACUGUGAUCACCCCCAUGCUGAACCCCUUUAUC